AUGCACACACUGGACACAGAACACAAGUUUGCAUGGGAGCAAACCCAGAUCGUUGGAACCUGCCCAUCUAAGAAGGGUCGCGAAUUCCUGGAGGCAAUGCACUCAGAUGAGGCAUGCAGUAACAGGCAUAUCGAUCUUGAUGUGAAUUACAAAUCACUGAAGAUCAGUUGGAAGCAAAAGCAGCCACCGCCUACCACAUGA